AGUUUUUGAAAAUGCCCGACGCUGGACAGGAGGUAAUCAAAAUCCGUCGUUUUCUAAAGGAGCGACUGCAACGCGACUACACAACACUACGCGGCUAUAAAGCCGAGCGUUCCAAUGUGCGCCAACUACUGCAGCGCACCGCGGAAAUGGGAGAAUCAAAUUCGUUGCUCUUGAUAGGACCGCGCGGAGCUGGUAAAACUACACUAAUUAAUGCUGUGCUCACGGAUUUACUUGAAAUCAAAACGUUUGUGGACAACACGCUAAUUGUGCAUCUCGAUGGAAAUCUGCAUACAGACGAUCGCAUCGCACUGAAAUCCAUUACAGUUCAAAUGCGCUUGGAGAAUGCAGCAGACGGGAAGGUAUUCGGUUCUUUUGCAGAAAAUCUAGCUUUUCUACUGCAGUGCCUCAAAGCCGGCGACAAGAAGUCCAAGAGCGUUGUCUUCGUAUUGGAGGAAUUCGAUCUAUUCUGCACACAUCACAAUCAAACCUUGCUGUACAAUCUAUUUGAUGUAUCACAGUCGGCUCAGGCGCCCAUUUGUGUGCUUGGAGUGACCUGUCGGCUGGACGUCAUUGAGCUUCUCGAGAAACGUGUUAAAUCGAGAUUUUCACAUAGGCAAGUGUUCCUGUUUCCCAGUGCUCAUAAAUUCGACGAGUAUUCAGCACUCUUCCAGCAGCUAAUGUGCAUACCAAGCAGCAAGGAGCUCAAAUUAGAUGCUGAUCGCCUUGACAGUCUUGAACUGUUCAAAUCUGAGGCGUUCACAUUUCAGCGAAAUCAUUUCGAUGGAAUUGAGUACACAAUCGACAAGAGAUUGGUCGAGAACUGGAACAAGGAGAUUUCGAAGCUCAUCAAGAGUCCUGCGGUACAGAAAACCCUUCAAACGCUUUACGAUUUCGAUAUAAGUGAAGCAUUUCUGAAAAUGUUUAUAUUUCGCCUGGUCGCACAGCUAAAACCCGAGUCGCCUCACAUAACUGCCGAGCAGGUCACAGCAUUGGCCAGUCAAUACGAAUGCGAUGACAAAGUUGAUCUGCUCUGUGGUCUCUCUGUGCUCGAACUGUGCCUUAUCAUUGCCAUCAAGCAUCAUUCCACCAUCUACGACAGGGAUCCAUUCAAUUUCGAAAUAAUAUUUGGGCGCUUCAACAAGUUUGCCAAGGUAUCCACCACAAUGCAGGGAGUUGAACGUGCCAUUGUACUCAAAGCCUUUGAACACUUGCGAGUUGUGGAGCUAAUCAUGCCCUUGUCAAACAGCGGACUCGGCAAGGUCCAAAAGGAGUUCGAAAUGCAUAAAAUGGCUCUAACAUAUGGACAAAUACAGCAGGCUGUUCAGCGUUAUCAGGCAUUGCCCACCGAAGUUGCCCAAUGGGCACAGAGUUCGCUGAUCUGAGGACGGAUAUUCUUAACAUUCCUUAAUUUAAACAUUAUUUAUUUCUUUAUUUAAAUACACUUGUCUAAAAACUUA